AUAAAAAUAAGAUCGGAUUGAGAUGAAAUCUUGAUAAACACAAUCUGAAGUCUGAACAAUCCUGCAAAGAAUCGUCGGCCCAUUUUAGCGGCAAGUAUGGCAUGAGUCGGCUACCCUACACUUUUCCUUUCCCAUUUAAUCCUUUGAUUUCAUCAACACAUCAUUAAUCAAUAUUUAUAUUAUUCAACGGCAUGGCAAAUUCCAACUGGAAUAAUUUUUUAAAGAUUUCUUCAGAUUCCCAUCAUUAAUCAUCAACAGAUUCCUUUUUCUUCUCAUCAGUUUCAGACUACAAGUCCAAAAAAGUAAAAAGGGUGUAUCUUUCCAAUCUUCGUAUAUAUUCCAACUUUCAUAAUCAAAUUCGCUGACCUCACGUAAGCACACUGUAAACCCCUUUUGGACUCCAUUCUUGUAUGGCAGUCAUGAAUGUCGCUGCUUCAAACGAAACUCCAGUGAAACUUGAGGGGAAGUUUCUUGCAAUUGUGGUAUGUUGGAUUCUUGGAUUUGGAUCUUUAGUCGCAUGGAAUAGUAUGUUAACCAUAGGAGACUACUACUACGAGUUAUUUCCAGAUUAUCAUCCAUCAAGAGUACUUACCUUGGUCUACCAACCCUUCGCAAUAGGAACAAUAGCAAUACUUGCAUACAACGAGUCAAAAAUCGACACUAGGAAACGUAACAUUGCAGGAUACAUCUUAUUCUUUUUAUGCACUUUAGCCCUCAUUGUGAUAGAUUUAGCCACAUCAGGGAAGGGCGGAAUUGGAAUUUACAUCGGUAUAUGUGUUUUUGUUGCCGGAUUUGGAGUAGCCGAUGCUCAUGUUCAAGGUGGAAUGGUGGGAGACUUAGCCUUCAUGAAGCCAGAAUUCAUGCAAUCAUUUUUUGCGGGUUUGGGAGCAUCUGGUAUUGUAACUUCGGGUUUAAGGUUAAUUACAAAAGCCGCAUUUGACAAAUCUCCCCAUGGUUUACGAAAAGGGGCAAUUUUAUUCCUUGGAAUCUCAACAUUCGCUGAGUUUCUAUGCAUUCUUCUAUACGCCUUUGUGUUUGGUAAAUUACCGAUUGUGAAAUAUUAUCGCACAAAAGCAGCAAAAGAAGGAUCAAAAACCGUUUCAUCAGAUCUCGCAGCUGCAGGCAUCCAAACUGAACCAAAUGGAACAGCUGAUAUCGAUGCUAAGGUUCCUGAACGAUUGAGCACUAAACAACUUCUCGUCAAGAACAUCGAUUAUGCAUUGGAUUUGUUCUUGAUAUAUGUCCUUACUCUCUCCAUUUUUCCUGGAUUCUUGUAUGAAAAUACAGGACACCACCAAUUGGGUUCAUGGUACCCACUUGUUCUAAUAGCAAUGUACAAUGCUUGGGAUUUGAUAUCAAGAUACAUUCCUCUAAUCGGAUUUCUUAAGAUUGAGUCACGAAAAUGGCUAAUGAUUGCUACAUUGGCACGUUUUUUAUUUGUUCCAGCAUUUUAUUUCACUGCAAAAUAUGGUGAUCAAGGUUGGAUGAUUAUGCUUAUAUCGUUACUUGGAUUGACAAAUGGUUAUCUCACUGUAUGUGUCAUGACUGUGGCUCCUAAAGGUUGCACGGGUCCGGAAGCAAAUGCAUUGGGGAACAUUUUGGUAAUGUUUCUUCUAGGUGGAAUAUUUGCGGGUGUGGCUUUGGAUUGGCUAUGGAUAAUUGGGAAUGGAGAAUUUUGAAGGACAAAUCGUGAUUGGAAUGAUUUUUAUUGGUUGAUGAAAUUUAGUUAUAGAUGUUGAUUUGUUAUUUGAUAUUGGCGAACCCAGAAAAAUAUAGUUAAAGUUGAUAUUUAUGUGGCUAAGGUAUAAGGAUGCACAUGUCUAAAGGGUAAAGUUCUUUGAAUAUAGGAUUUUUUUUUUUUUUUAAAUCUUGUAAGUUUUGUUUAUUGUGUCUGUGUACAAUCAUACAAUCAUAAAGUCAUAUAUUCUAUGCGAAGAUGAUCGUUUGUUGUUUUAUA